UGGGAUUUUCUCUGAUAUUCGAGCCAUUCAUGUUAAAAAUGAUAGCUCCCGUUAAAGAUCAUUUUCUGUAUUUUGCCUAUGGUAGCAAUUUACUGAAAAAACGAAUUCGUAUUAAUAAUCCUACAGCAGAAUUCCUGGGCAUCGGCCGGCUUGAUAAUCAUAUACUUGAUUUCAUAAAGUAUUCUGACCACUGGCGGGGAACUUCUGCUACUAUAGUACCUAAACAAGGUUCAAUUAUAUGGGGAGCUAUCUGGAGGUUGCAUAACAAUGAUAUGCCAGCAUUAGACUGGCAAGAAGGUGUAGAAUCUAACUGGUAUUUUCCUAAAACAGUGGAAAUUACCACACCAGAUGGUCAAACAGUGGAAUGCCGCACUUAUCAACAGACUAUCAACCCACCACCCCGAGAGGAGGAUGAGGAGAUACCAGUGGACCGGAGACCGUCCAUCACCUACCUCAAUGUGAUCUUGAAGGGAGCAGAAGAAUGUCAACUGCCUCCAGAUUACAUGGAAAAGCUAAAUAAGUUACCUCAUAAUGGCCAAGAGGCCUCUCCCAAUAUGAUUGCAAAAUUGGAUUUAUGAAAUUGUGCAUUUAAAAUUAAUGACUUGAUUAAAUUAAAAUAUAUUUUUAUUAUACUGUUA